AGAGACACUCAAACAGUUUGUGUGAGUCUACCUGCUGAGGUUUGACGUUCUACCUCACUGCGCACUGACACCAGUUUCAUCAUGAAUGAUAAUCAGGCUCAUGUUCCCACCUAUGACAACAUCGCGUAUCAGCACGAUGAAGUCAGACACCCACCAUACAACCCACAACAGAGUAUAUACCCCACCGUCCCUCAUCAGACCCCCAGCUAUGUCGCCACCGCUCCGAGUCCCAUCAACACACACCAGACUGUAACACCUGGAAUACCUCAGAACACAGGACAAACGAAAGGUAGAAAGAAAUGCCACGGGAAAAUCAUUCUGUGUGCGUCCCUGUGUGUGCUCCUUGUCCUGGCAGUUAUCGCACUCCUGCUCUGGUACUUCUUAUAUUACCAGUGUUUACUGGGGAGGUCGUGUCAGACUGGAGGGAAGUGUCUGAGUAUGUCUCAGUGGUGUGACGGAGUGAAGGACUGUACUCAUGGAGAAGAUGAAGCUCGGUGCUUUCGGCUUCGUGGGACAAACUUCCUGCUGGAAAGUUUCUCCUCUGACAACCAGAAGUGGAUGCCGGUGUGCGCUGAAAACUGGGACAACAACUAUGGGCGAGCUGUGUGUGAACACAUCGGAUACAAGAGGACUGAUUAUGUGUCCUCCACACAAACCAACGCAGGAUCUGUGGCCUCUGACGGGUACAUGAAGCUGAAGUCUGAAAGUAACCACGGCUCACGCAUACAGUCACAGCUCAUGCACAGCAAGGGUUGCUCAGUCAGAGCUGUCAGCCUUAAAUGUAUUGAAUGUGGUGAGAGUUCAGCAGCACCCAGCUCUCGUAUCGUCGGUGGUACGGAGGCAGUGAACGGGGCCUGGCCGUGGCAGGUCAGUCUCCAAAUUGAUGGUCAACACGCUUGUGGGGGCUCCAUUAUCAGCCCUGAAUGGAUCCUCUCUGCUGCACACUGCUUCCAAGAUGCUUUCUCCUAUACUGGAAGGUGGCGAGUAUACUCUGGUGACGUGAGCUUGAUCAGAAUGAGCCUUGGUGACAGCAAAACUGUCCGCAAAAUCAUCACUCAUGAAAAGUUUGACACGCUAACGAAUGACAAUGACAUUGCUCUCUUAAAGCUCAGUUCACCUCUGACUUUUUCAAACAUGGUGAGGCCUGUGUGUCUGCCCAACAUCAACGUUGUCCUCUCUGCUGAACGUCAGGCCUGGAUUACAGGAUGGGGAGCUUUACGCUCAUCUGGACCAUCCCCGGACAAAAUGAAUCAGGCUCAGGUGACCAUUUACAAAAGAGAGACCUGUAACAUACCUCAGGUGUUGGACGGACAAGUCAGCGAGACGAUGAUCUGUGCCGGUAAACUGGAGGGAGGAGUCGAUUCGUGUCAGGGUGACAGUGGAGGACCCCUGGUGGUCAAGGAGGGGAAUGUAUGGUGGCUGGCAGGGGACACCAGCUGGGGGAUUGGAUGUGCUUGGAGGAACAAGCCAGGUGUCUACGGCAACGUUACCUAUUUUAUCGACUGGGUGUAUACACAAAUGCAGAAUGAGUGACUGAUGAGUUCCUGGUCAACAUGAAGAUAAACCCACAUUUUGUAUGAAUCGGCCGUUCUUACCUUCGAACAGACUAUGCACUUUAAAUCUAAGGCUCUGAGGAAACUUACUGAUCAAGAAACAUUUUUUUUAAUAAAAUAAAAACACAAAGCCGAAGGAAUGUAUAAAUGAAAUGGAUGCGAUCUUUAAUUGUUUUUUAUAGUCUAGCUCAGCUUAAAUGUUUGUCUUGAACAGAAUCAAACUAUUUAUUUGCAGUAAUAAAACAACAUUUGCUCAAAGAG